CUAACAUGUCUCUACAAACCACUCGGUUAAGUUAACGGUUAUUUAGCAGUAGAAGGAAUUAUGUUAACUCUGUAACGUUAAUUAUCGGUUAUGCGAAACUAUUUUCACUGCUGUCGAAUCUACAGUAGUCGAUAAUCUACUGUAACGUUUAUUAUUUUUCGGCAAACGCGGGAUGUUAUCGAACGUCGGGUCGUUGGGUAACGUUCCGGACGCUACGCUUCAUUUAGCUCCAAAUGCCGCAGAAGGACGACUCUGAAAAUGACAUUUGGGAGUAUAAACCUCUUGAGAAGAAAAAGAAGCGACAUGAAUCAGCGUCUGCAUCUGCAACUGUGACAAAAAGGAGAUGUACCUUCAGAAAAACUUCCAAGAGAGACACUUCUCUCCCAGUCAAGUCACCUGACAGGAAAGUCAACACAGCUGAAAGUGGACAUUGUAGUACUUUUGUUGACACAGACAGACACGGCAGUUCAGAGGCACAUCAUUUACCCUCACAGUCUUCUACUAAUGACACAGACCAAACAGAUAACCCCUCUGAGGGACCAUCCUGUGGAGACUUUUGCCCCAUUUGUCAGAUGCCGUUUUCCCUCUUGGUGGUACAGACUCAAAGAUGGCAUGUUGCUGAAUGUCUAGACAACGCUAAGGACACAUGCACAGAAUGUCCAGAUGGCCUCCAGUGCUCCUCUACUAUUCCAAACCACUACAAGAAGUUCAGCCACACACUCCUGGCUCACAGCCGUGCAAAUGGUGACACAGCCCUCCUCUGUCUGUCCCCUCGGGCAGGAACCAGCAGAGAGACCAGCCUCAGCUGUCUCCCAGGACUGAAAAACGGUGAGGUGGACGGCUCCACUUUAGAGACUUCACAGGACAGCCUUUCUGCCUUAUCCAACUGUAGUCCUUCCCCUCACAGUAAUGAUACUGCAACGCCUUCGCCUAAACUUACAAAUGGCCUUAUGUUUCUGCGCUCACCUGGCCCAGAGGAUUUUAAGAAGAAGAAAGGCUGGUCGUCCUCUACGAAAAACCAAAAGUCUCUCAGUGCUUCCCAAGAAAGCAGAACAGAGCUUUCAUCCACUCCUGUCAAGGAAGGGAGUGGAAGACAAGCUUGUGAAGGUUUGCCCAAAAGUGGACCUUCCCCUGACAACAAUGAUGUAAUAUCCUAUUCUCCUCUUUCUGAGUUCCCUGCAGAGACUGAAGACAAAAUUAGUGAGUGUAGAAAAGCCCUUUUUAAUAAUGAUGCAUCUGAAAAUGAGGCUGAAGACCCGAUGUUGCUGUUCAGUGACGGUUUCUCAAGUGAAGAUGAGCUCCUGACUGAAUUUAUAGAUAAUUUGGAAAACAAUAAUGUGCAGGUAAAGGAGCACACUUCCUCAAACACCCAGCUGGAAUCACUUACCUCAGGACCACCCACCAAUCAGCAAGCUGCCUCUGCAGGUGCUCAAAACAGAUCUGAUUCCACAGGUGAAAAAGAAGCUCCUGGUAGAUGUGCCAGUACCAUCAGUUCAUGUAAGAGCAGCAUUCAGUCUCCACAAAGUAUUGUUUUAGAGCGCCUGAGAGAAACUCUUCUCAGCUCAGAUAGCUUGCAUUUAAAAAAGCUGAAUGACAGCAGCAUUCAAUCAGAGCAACCUCACACAGCUUCUCCUCAAGUGCUUUCAUCACAAACCUCCAUCGUCCAAAGAUCUCACACCAUGCCGCCUCACAAGGGCCAGAGCAAGGCGGGUCAGGCCUCCUGUCUGAAGCAGACCGACAUUGGGGUGUUUUUUGGCCUCAAACCCCUCAAGGAGAAGGCGAAAGAGGCCGAGAGUGGACCAAAUGAACUCGGCAAAACUUCUAUUCCAACACUUGGUGAAAACUCUGGACAGAGACAUCCAAGAAGGGCCAGGCAAAGAAAAAAUAAGGCUGACACAACUGCAGAUACCUCAGAGGGCACUGUGACUGUAGAUAAUAGUAAAGAAGAAGCAGGGAAAAGUAGGAGUAGAGGAUGGAGAGGAAGAAGGUGGAACAGAGUGAACGCUGAUGGAGAAGUAGAGCUACCGCGUUGUCCCUUUUACAAGAAGAUUCCAGGUACAAAGUUUGUCAUAGAUGCUUUUCGGUACGGAGAGAUCGAGGGCAUUACUGCCUACUUCCUCACACAUUUUCACUCAGACCACUAUGGAGGGUUGACCAAGAAGUCCACAUUACCAAUCUACUGUAACAAGAUUACAGGGAACCUGGUGAAGAGCAAACUGAAGGUGGCAGAGGAGUACGUCCACAUCCUCCCCAUGAACACCCAGGUCACUGUGGAGGGAGUCACGGUCACCCUCCUGGAUGCUAACCACUGUCCAGGAGCUGCCAUGCUGCUGUUCUUCCUGCCUGAUGGACAGACGGUCCUCCACACGGGAGACUUCAGAGCUGAUCCCUCAAUGGAGUCCUACCCUGAGUUAGUGAGCUGCAGGGUGCAGACCCUCUACCUGGACACCACCUACUGCAGCCCUGAGUACACCUUCCCCAGACAGCAAGAGGUCAUCAAUUUUGCAGCCAGCACAGCCUUUGAAUUGGUGACGCUCAACCCACGUACGCUUGUGGUGUGUGGAUCCUAUUCCGUGGGGAAAGAGAAGGUCUUUCUGGCACUGGCAGACGUCCUGGGGUCUAAAGUGUGCCUCUCUCGAGACAAAUACAACACCAUGUGCUGUCUGGAGUCAGAGCAAGUCAGGAAGAGCAUAACCACGGACUGGAAGGCCGCCCAGGUCCACGUGCUGCCCAUGAUGCAGCUCUCCUUCCAAAAACUGCAGGACUACCUGGCACGCUUUUCAAAACAGUAUGAUCAGCUGGUGGCCUUCAAGCCCACAGGAUGGACCUUCAGCCAGCAGGUGGAAUCAGUGGAAGACAUUCAGCCUCAGAUCAGUGGCAACAUCUCCAUCUAUGGAAUCCCAUACAGCGAACACAGCAGCUUUCUGGAGAUGAAGCGUUUUGUGCAGUGGCUCCGGCCCAUGAAGAUCAUCCCCACGGUCAACAAUGGCAGCUGGGCGAGCAGGAAAGCUAUGGACAAGUGCUUUAGUGAGUGGCUCACAGAAAGUAAAGCUAAACAGUGACUUAUUUACCAGUAAGCUGUGUUUGCAGCUGGCCUCUCUGCUGCUUGUUGGUUUUGGUCAUAAAAGCAAAACCAUUGAAUUUCCACUGCUUCAUAUGGCCAUGGGGAACAAAUACAUUCUUAACACUACUCAUUUGAUCACUUUAACUGAAGUUGCUUGCCUCAGACUGGUGAGCAUUUAGCAUUUCAGUGCAGAGAGAGGGGUAUUGAUGAAGUAGGUGAACGUGAAAUGCAUCCACAAUUAACGAGCAUACGCAAAUUUCUUAAACAUUCUGCUUUUAUCCACAAUGGGCUGAACUUGAGUAACCGACAGCUCUGAAAGAAAAUCGACAGAUAUCCAGGUUGUAAACUGUUAAAAAGGGUUAUUCGGAUCAUCAGUUGUGAAGUGACAGGAAGUAACAAGAAAUUCACAUGAAGAAGUCACAUGAUCAGCACAUGAACUGAGAUGUAGAAGUCACAGUGCAGUGAUUUUAAUGAACCUUAACUCUGGAAGCUGUUUGUGUAAACAUGAGCUGAGGUCACACUUGUAUCAUGUCUACAUUUCGACCUGUGCCAUCCAGAAGCAUCAUACGUGGGAACUGAAUUAACUGGAUGUGUCUGCUGCCUGCCGUGGCCCCUUCCACUGUUAGCGUCAGCAGUACACUGAAAAUGCUGCUUUGAUAUUGUGCAAUUCCUCGGUUAUCUCUGUUUUUAUCUAUGUAAUCUAAAUGUUUGUGCUGAAAACAAUAAAUGUUUUAAAUGUUCUU